GCUUUCUGAUUUAUGCUUCUCGUAUCCAAACGCGCUAAUUGUAUGUGAGGCAAAAUGAUUUGCUUCUGAUAUCCUAACAGAGUAUCCAUUUUUUACUCAACCCAAUUUUCAAGAGCACUUAGCUGGUGAGUCUCUGAAUAAGUACCCGAGUGAAAUAGGUUAACAAAAGAAGAAGAAACCCAAAAUCUUUUCCCCCUUCCUUCCUGUGAAAAUAAAAUUCAUCCCAUAUCCAAGGCGAAUUGACCCAUCUCUCUUUUAAUUGAUCAUUUUCUGGAGAUCAUAUUCAAGGUUUUAGUGAAGGAGUGGUUGCAGAUAGAUAGAAGAACUUAUCAAACUUCAUUGACGAAUACAUGUCCGAUCCAAAUGAUGAGAACCCGUCUCAUACUCAGUUAUCAUCUCAAUUUUUUGGGGACCUACUUGAUUCCAUAAUAGUAGAUAUUGCAUCUGAAUGCCAUCGGAUAGCUAGGCUAGGGCUUGACCAUAACCUGGAGGAGGAAGAAGAAGAGUUGAGGCUAUCUACUCAGGCUCGUGACAGGGCAGCUGAUCCUAGCAGUAGUGGUGAAACAAACAGCAAGUACGUGGUUGAUAUAUUUGGACAAAAGCAUCCUGCAGUGGCGAAUGAAAUCUUUGAGUGCGUGAACUGUGGAAGGUCUAUAAUGGCUGGGAGGUUUGCUCCUCAUCUGGAAAAGUGCAUGGGAAAGGGUCGAAAUGCUCGCAUGAAGACCACAAGAAGUAGCACUGCUGCACAGAAUCGGUAUACGUGAAACCCAGUUUCUACAUACUCACCUUAUUCAAAUCCAACCAGUAAUACUGUAAGCCGGCUUCCAAACGGACCUUCUAGCAUUUUAGGCGAGGAGUAUGGUGACAGUGCUCUGAAAGAGCCAUGAAUAUUGCAAGGGAAUUGUAUAUUUUAACUAUUCUCAGGAAUGUUGUUGAAGAAUUUUAAUUAACCACAAGGUGAGCAAGUCUAUGAUAUAGCAUUACGAGUACAUGAACCAUUGAUUCUUAACUUUUUAAUGUUAACUUGAGUCAAGAAUCACUGACAUUGUUAGCA